CAAAGAAUGAAAGAAUUUCUCAAAAAUAUCAAAUUCAGCUUUUCUUAGAUAUUUAUUCAUUAAAUGUUUUGGUUUCAUGUUUCUUUAAAAUAAUUAAAUUAAUGUGAUUUGUUUAGUGAAACUUUUCAAGGUUCUUCUAAUAAAUAUAAGAAAUCACUAUAAUGCAUCUUGGAGUUAAUAUAUCAAAUGCUCUUCAGCAAUUAGAAAGUGUAAAAGCUGUCGUUGAUCAGAGUGAUGAUCCGAAGUUGAAGGCUGCAACAAAUGAUGACUUAAACCUACUUAUAAAUCUUUUGGAAAGUCCUAUAUUAAAAAGUAUUGCUACUCUACAUGAUUCCGUUGGAUUGCUUGCCACUCAAGUAGCACAUCAUCCAUCUAUAUUGCCAGGAGAUUUUGACAUCACUCCAUCUGGUGACUUAGCUUUACAAACAAAAAAUCUUUAUGGUAAUCAUGAGGGAGAAGAAGAACAAAGAGUUCCUCAAGUGUCACCUCCACAUAGUUUGGAAUUUGGAUCAGACAAUGAGCGUAUACUUGGCCUAGAUUCUGCUUCUGUAGACUCCAAUAUGUCUCCUAAACAGAAUCGAGGCUUACUUGAUAUGUCACGAAAUGAUGAUUCUUUAAUAUCAGCUUCAACUAAUAUUGUAGCAGGGGAUUGGGCUCAGGUUGAAAUUAUCAAUUUAGUAAAUGAUGGCACUGGACUUGGAUUUGGUAUAAUUGGGGCUCGAACUAGUGGUGUAAUAGUAAAAACUAUUCUCGCCGGCGGCGUGGCUGAUCGCGAUGGACGACUCAAAUCUGGCGACCACAUUUUACAAAUCGGCGACGUGAGCCUGGUGGAGAUGGGGUCGGAGCAGGUGGCGGGCGUGCUGCGCGCGUCGGGCUCGCGCGUGCGGCUGGUGGUGGCGCGCGCCGUGGACCCCGCCGCGCCCCUCGCCGCGCCCCUCGCCGCGCCCGCCGCCGCGCCCCCCUCGCACGCGCCCGUCGUGCCCGCCAGAUUACUAUCGAGUCCUGAGGCCUUAGACCGCUAUCUCAUGGAUGCUGGUUUCGAACAAGUGUUCCAUACGCAGCCUACUCCGAUAACAUUGAAUAGUAACGUGUCAAAAUUCGUUUUUGAUGCUGCUAUCACACCCCCGCCAGAAUCAGAUGCAGAGUCACCUGAGGUCGAUCGAUUUACCGUACAAUUGAAGAAAGACGAAAAUGGCUUGGGCAUCACAAUAGCAGGUUACGUGUGCGAGAAGGAGGAGCUGUCCGGCAUAUUCGUGAAGUCCGUGACGCCGGGCAGCGCGGCCGCGCUCAGCGGGAAGGUGCGGGUCAACGACCGCAUCGUGGCCGUGGACGGCGUGUCGCUCGCCGGCAAGUCCAACCAGCGGGCCGUCGACGCGCUCAAGCAGAGCGGGAACGUCGUCACCUUGGAAUUAGAGAGAUAUCUGCGCGGGCCGAAGUUCGAGCAGCUGCAGCAGGCGAUAGCGGCGGGCGAGACGGCGGCCGCGCCCGCGCACAACCCGUUCCUGCACAUGCACCGCCCCGAGCCCGCGCCGGCCGACCACGACAUACAGAUGACGCACCUGCCCACCACCCUGGAAACAAAUGUGGAGGAGAGCGAGCCCUCCCCCCCGCGCAGCCCCGCUCCGCCCCCGCCCGCGCCGCGACAAGCGCCCGCCUUCGAGAUGCCGCGCACCAACGAGCAGAAGGAGGCCAUCAAGAGGAAGUGGCAAGCUAUACUGGGCGAUGAGGUGGAGAUAGUGGUGGGCGUGGUGGUGCGAGGUGGAGGCGGACUGGGCAUCUCGCUGGAGGGCACCGUGGACGUGGAGGGCGGGCGAGAGGUACGCCCGCACCACUACGUGCGCUCCGUGCUGCCCGAGGGGCCCGUGGGCCGCGCCAACGUGCACCGCCCGGGAGACGAGCUGCUGGAGGUGAACGGUCACCGGCUGCUGGGAAUGAACCACCUGGAGGUGGUGUCGAUUCUGAAGGAGCUGUCCAGCGAGGUGUGCAUGGUGUGUGCGCGCCCGAGACCCGCGCCGCCCCUCGACCUCGCGCCGCCUGCCGCCACGCUCGUCAAGGCGAAGUCCGACGGCAGCCUGGCGGGCGCGGGCGCGGACGAGGGCGGCGCGCUGGGCGCGGGCGGGAAGGUGCGCUCGCGCAGCCUCGAGCCGCUCACCGGACUCGCCAUGUGGGCCUCCGAGCCGCAGAUCAUCGAAUUAGUGAAAGGAGAACGCGGCCUCGGAUUCUCUAUCUUGGAUUAUCAAGACCCCCUGCGGCCCUCUCAUACAUUGGUGGUGAUCCGAUCGUUGGUUCCCGGUGGAGUCGCUCAGCAAGACGGUCGGCUUAUACCCGGCGACAGGCUACUGUUCGUAAACGAUCAAAACCUAGAAAACGCCAGCCUGGAGCAAGCGGUGGCGGCGCUCAAGGGCGCGCCGCGCGGCGUCGUGCGCAUCGGGGUGGCCAAGCCGCUGCCGCUCGCCGACGCGCCGCCGCCGCUGCCCGCCAGCGCGCCCCCUGCGCCCGCCGCGCCCGCCGCGCCCCCCGCGCCCGCCGACUGAGCCUCGCGCUGCGCACUGCGGCACGCGCUGGGAGCUUACAUUCGAUAUAUUAUUCUAGAACAUGUGAUAGAUGACUGUAGCGAGCCUUUAUCUGUACCUUUUUAGUUGUAUCUUUUUUGACAUAUUCAAAGUAUUUUUACCUAAUUAUUUAUAAAUUUUAUUAACAA